CUUUCUUUUUGUUCAUUAUUAUCUAUUUAAUAUCCCCAGAAGACAGCUGCAUUCGAUCUAUCUUCUCAUACCCAUAUCAUCGCCUUCCCAUCCCAUAGUUUACGCAUCAUUACCUAGCGCAGCGGAACCAUCGUCCCGGUGCCGGUUUUGCCUUUUCAAUCUCCUCGGGCCCAGCAUUUCCUCCUCAUCCCACCAUCGCUUUUUCUUCUCCUGCCGGUCCAUAUUAAUUAUUAGAUGCCAAGUUCCCCCAUUGCCUCCUCCACUCUUCGGCUUUAGACGGCUCCUGUUGCUGUUUCUUUUUCUUCUUCCCUUCGUCCCUUUCCGUUUAUCUUUUUCCUCUCCCCCAUCCUUCUAUCAACUCGAGUUUUACUAUCUCGACCUUUUUGUCCCGACCCUUUACCUGCUAUCCAGCGGGUUAUCUCUCCUUCCCCCCUUUAUAUCUUCUUACAAUUGACACAAUGGUGCACGCCGUUCUUCCCCCGUCGCCACCAUCGACCGCUAUGGCGUCGACAUUCGCUCGACCCAUGAAUAGAGAUCACCAGGCUAUUCCGGUCUCGUCGACUUCUCACCCCGACAAUCCUAUUCCAGAGGAACCCCGUGGAGUUCGAUCCUUGUCCGUCACAGAUACCACCUUCAAUGUCUCGGCUCAGGAAGCAGAGACUACCGAUAGGCCAUUGACACCCCCCGCCGAAGGCCAUGCCGAGGUUGACGAGUUUGCACACCAAAAGUCUCCCGGCCAAUCGGCUGGUGGCCGUCAACGACGUGCCUCGACCAUUCUCAUCUCUCAGAACUCGGAGGACAUGAGAAGGAUCUUGGAGAAUGUGGGUACUUCUGGCACACAAAAAGUGCAACCCCUCUGCUGUGGGGGUGGCUGUUGCCGUAGUCAGCCUCUGAGGGGUAUCUCCGGACCCGUUUCGGGCAUCAAUACAGUGACCCCUCCAGACAAUGAGGCAUUUAGAAGUCUCAAGUUGAACAUUGAAUAUCUCGGCUUGGACAGCGAAUUGUCGAGCAUUGUGGAACUCCCCGAGAAGACCCUCUCGUUUUCGACCAUCCCCGCAUCCGCGGUGGACAUGAAGCUGGGCCCUGCCGACCACCCUCCGUCUUUUGUGCAGCCCCAUCCCCCCUAUGAUGUCUACCAGGCUCCCUUGUACCAUGCCCGAGAAUUGACCAAGCCUGGUGCCGAAAAGCGGACUUACCACUUUGACAUUGACGUAACUGACUAUCCCGCCGAGAGCGGAGACGUCGACUUCGUGGUCGGUGGUGCCAUCGGAGUGUGCCCCAAGAACAAGGAGGAAGAUGUCGACACUAUUUUCAACCUGCUAGGUGUCCCCAAGUCUAUUCGCGACAAGAAGAUCACUGCCUGUACCACUAAGGGCCGCUGGCCUACCAUUUGGGGUGACGACAAGCCCCGAGAGCUGAUUACUACCCGCAGAGAGCUCCUUAGCUGGUGCUCGGAUAUCCAGAGUUACGCCCCCAACAAGCAACUCUUCCGGUUGCUGGGCGAGUAUGCUAGUGACGCCAAUGAGAAGCAAAUCCUCAUGUUCUUGUCAUCCGCCCAAGGCCAAGGCGCCUUCUGUGAUCUUCGUACCGACUCCCACAUCUCUGUCAUCCAGCUCUUGAACGCUUUCCCCUCCGCCCAGCCUCCUCUAGACCACCUUCUCUCCACCCUCAACACUCUGAUGCCUCGUUUCUACUCCUUGUCUCAAGACCCACUCAUCUCUGGAUCAGGAAAGGGCUCUGACCGCCGCCGCCUAGUUGAAGUGGCCGUGUCUGUUGCCGAGAGCAAGGACUGGAAGCAAGGCUGGAGAACCGGUGUCGGCUCCGGCUACCUAGAACGCCUCGCUCGCAAGGUCGUGGACGCAGAGAAGCAGGGCAUUGACCCAAGCACUCUCAACCUCCAUGUCCCCAUGUUCCGAGGAUUGAUGGCCAACCCCUUGGCUACCCGAUUUGCAUCUGAUGGACCGAUGUUGCUGGUCGGCGCUGGUGUUGGUAUUGCUCCUUUCCGUGGAUUCGUGCAGCGACGUCUCCAGUCGGCCAACUGCGCCAACAAGGUCUGGGUUCUGCAGGGUGUUCGCGACUCCCUUCUCGACGAGCUCUACAGCGGCGAGUGGGGUGUCCACGAAGACAAGGUGCGAACCGUCGUGCAGUCUCGCAAGGGUGAGAGCAAGUACGUCCAGGAGGAGGUCCGCCAGCAGGCCGACCUGGUCUGGUUCGUCAUCAACUCCCUCGAUGGACGUGUCUUUGUCUGCGGUAGUGGAAAGGGCAUGGGAGAAGGUGUCGAGGCUGCUCUGGUCGAUGUGGCCAUGGCCAAGGGUAACCUGAACGAAGAGGAAGCCUCUCAGUUCUGGCAGAACAAGAAGGAGGCUGGCCAAUAUAUUGCCGAAACUUGGUAAACUCGUUAAAAAGUCAUUUAAUGCUCUGGUUGCUGUGCAUCGUGCAUUACCGUCUUGCCAAGCCGAAGUCUUCCUUCGCUGACUGGCUUGGUUUCCUUCAUUCCUGUUUGAAUCUUCUUCGCAGGGCGACAUGAAGUAUCGCCUGUGGGGAUCGUGUACAUGUCCACAUAUCAUUUUUCAUCUUUUCUUGCAUUUUGGUGAACGAACGACAAGAAUUGCCUGACAAGGGGCUGUUCAGCUUCACCACGUGAAAUCUUUUGACUGUUAUUUAGCGGGGCGGUUUUUUUGUCUUUUUCAUUCUGUUCAUUCUUACUUUUCCUGGUUGAGCCAGGUGGGAUUAGGAUUUUUGUAUUUGUGGUUUGUUCAAGUCGGCUUCUUGUCGUUUAUUGGAUUAUAUGCA